CCGGGAGGGAGGUGGAUGGGAGUUGUAGUAGGAAACUUGUAUGUAGUCGGGAAAGUUAUUUAUCGUCGUUGCCUUGUAAAUAUUGACAAUUGUAGGUGGCGUACAUAACAUAGCUUUUAAUGUACUAACGAACACCUGUUCAACAAACUAAUUAUCCCAAGAGAAAGACGGCGUGGGUAUGAUCUGCCUGUCCAGUGAAAGGCUGUGGCGGCCCCCCCCAGUGGCUGUCACCACGGCGGGGGACAUCAGGACCUCCAUCUGCAGGGUGGUCAUCUACCUUCAGAGGGACAUGUCCGGGGACAGCUGCCAGCUCCCGCUGCACCGGCUAUGCCUCCAGACCCAGGUCACGUCCACAGGCUCCCAGGCCAUCUCCACUGGCUCCCAGGCCAUCUCCACUGGCUCCCAGGCCAUCUCCACUGGCUCCCAGGUCACGUCCACUGGCUCCCAGGCCAUUAGACCUUCCCAUGAAGCCUCCCAGAUGGCGUGUCCCAAGUCCAAGACGUGCAGCUACAGAGCAGCGUUGGGCCUGGGUAACAAGUAUGUGCGUCUAAACGUAGGGGGGACCCUGUUCUACACCACGCUGCAGGUGCUCACCAGGCAGGACUCCAUGCUGAAGGCCAUGUUCAGUGGCAGGAAGGAGGUCUUCAUUGACAGAGAAGGCUGGAUCCUGAUAGAUCGCAGUGGGAAGCACUUUGGCUCCAUCCUGACGUACCUGCGGGAGGAAGCGGUCUCCUUGCCCCCUGGCAGGCAGGGGGCUCUAGAGCUGCUGGCAGAGGCCAAGUAUUAUCUCAUCCAAGGUCUGGUGGAGCUGUGCCAGGGAGGCCUGCAGGACCAGAAGGAGCCGUCUCUGUGUGUAAUCCCUGUUGUCACCUCUGCCAAGGAGGAAGAUAGACUGAUCCAGGCCUGCACCAAGCCUGUCGUGAAGCUGCUGUACAACAGAAGCAACAACAAGUACUCCUAUACUAGUAACUCAGACGACAACCUGUUGAAGAAUAUUGAGCUGCUUGACAAGCUGUCUCUGAGCUACAACGGCCGUGUUCUCUUCAUCAAGGACGUGAUCGGUGAUGAGAUCUGUUGCUGGUCGUUCUACGGACAGGGACGCAAGCUGGCAGAGGUCUGCUGCACAUCCAUAGUUUACGCCACAGAGAAAAAACAGACCAAGGUGGAGUUCCCAGAGGCCAGGAUCUACGAGGAGACCCUGAACGCUUUGCUCUAUGAGACACUUCCUGUCCCUGACGACUCCCUAUUGGAGGCCACACGCCGUCGACACGCCCACAGUCACACCCACUGUGGUUUCCACAGCGAGGAGGAAGAAGGCCCCACCCACUCUGGGGUGGACCUUAGGGAGCGCGUGCGCCGCAUCCACGUCAAGAGGUACAGCACCUACGACGACUGGCCGCUGGGACACUAAGGAUGCGUCUCAAAUUGCACCCUAUUCCCUAUAUGGUGUACUACUUUUGACCCGGGCUCUAUAUAGGAAAUAGGGGCCUAUAAGGCUCUAUAUAGGAAAUAGGGCUCUAUAUAGGAAAUAGGGGCCCAUAGGGCUCUAUAUAGGAAAUAGUGGCCUAUGGGGCUCUAUAUAGGAAAUAGGGGCCCAUAGGGCUCUAUAUUGGAAAUGGGGGCCCAUAGGGCUCUAUAUAGGAAAUGGCGGCCCAUGGGGCUCUAUAUUGGAAAUAGUGGCCCAUAGGGCUCUAUUGGAAAUGGGGGCCCAUAGGGCUCUAUAUUGGAAAUAGUGGCCCAUAGGGCUCUAUUGGAAAUGGGGGCCCAUAGGGCUCUAUAUAGGAAAUGGGGGCCCAUAGGGCUCUAUAUUGGAAAUGGGGGCCCAUGGGGCUCUAUAUUGGAAAUGGGGGCCCAUAGGGCUCUAUAUUGGAAAUGGGGGCCCAUGGGGCUCUGGUCGAAUGUAGAGAAUAAUGUGCCGUUUUUGACGAAGCCUAUCUAACCACAGUGGAGGAAACUGGUUCCCUGCUGACCGGCCGCUGGGACACUAAGUAUACGUCUCAAGUGAUGCCCUAUGUAGUGCACUACCAUUCGAACCCUCAUCUCCCUGUCAGUCACCUCUCAGUGAGAACCUCAAAAUGUAUUUAAUGAUUCAUCAAACCUAUCUGCACUAAUUACUGUUACUGCAGCCCUUGGUGAGAGUGAGUGAUGGCUCCCAAAAGGCACCCUAUUCCGCAUCCUAUACCCAUAAGGCUCUGUUCAAAAGUAGUGUAUAAGUUAGUAAGAUGUAAAAUUGCGCGACUAAGAUCUCUGCAAAACAUCAAAAUGAGUGACAGAUUUCAUAAGUUAUCACAGAUGAAUUCUGACUAUUUUGAGGAAGUGUAUUCUGGCUACGGCAUCUCAAUAUGGACAAACAGUACUAUUGCCACUUUUUUUCAAAUUUUUCAAGGGAGUAUGUGAGCACACUUGUUUGCCUACGGCUAGGCGCCAGCCGAACUGUAGCAUGCUGACGCCUUAAGGAUGUGUCCCAUCUAACCACAGAGGAGGAAACUGGCUCCCGCUGGCUCUUCACUUAAUCACAACACCCACCGCUGAAGCACUGGUGUUGUUGGCCCCAAAAUGGCCUUGGGCACAAAAUGGCUGCCAUACUGCAUCACCCUGGUGCCUGACAGACUUUGUCGAUGGAAAACUCAUGAUUUAAAAUGUUGAGAUGCUUAUGCUAUUUCGCCUUUAUUUUAUAUAGAACUCUCUUCUUCACAACACAAUCAAAUCUGUGUUCAUACAAUCAAAAUUGCAACUUCAAAUCAGCGUAGAUGAAGGGGAGGAGACCGGUUAAAGAUGGAUUUUUAAACCUUGUGACAAUUGAGACAUGGAUUGUGUAUAUGUGCCUUUCAGAGGGUGAAUGGGCAAGACAAAAUAUUUAAGUGCCUUUGAACGGGGUAUGGUAGUAGGUACCAGGCCCAUCCAGCAAACUUGACACAACUAUGGGAAACAUUGGAGUCAAUUUGGGCCAGCAUCCCUGAGGAAUGCUUUUGACUCCUUGUAGAGUACAUACUCCAACAAAUUGAGGCUAUUCUGAGAACAUAAAGGGGUGGGGGCAACUCAAUAUUGGGAAGGUGUUCCUAAUGUUUGGUGUACUCCGUGUAGGAAGCCAUCAGACUUAUAGAUGGUUAUAUGUACAUUUAUUAUACAGCUAUCAAACUUUUUUGGUGGGGAAUUGUGACAAGUUCAAGGACCAGCAAAUGUAUCACAAGCAAUCAAAAUCAACUACCGUAGGCCUUUGGCCUUCUGUGAAUAGACAGGGAAGACUGUGAAUGUUUUUUUGUUAUGUCUAUAUUUAUAGUUUUGAGAGUUUCUCAUAUCACAUGUUGACAUAUAAUCAUGCCUAAGACUUUUUCAUGAAAAUUAACUUGAGGGACACAUUCAACGAUGUCUAUAAAUGGCUAAUCUCAUUGCAAGAUACUUCGGCCCAGUGCAGUAGCCCUGGGAUCAUGUUAAUGCUUUGUGCAGUAGCCCUGGGAUCAUGUUAAUGCUUUGUGCAGUAGCCCUGGGAUCAUGUUAAUGCUUUGUGCAGUAGCCCUGGGAUCAUGUUAAUGCUUUGUGCAGUAGCCCUGGGAUCAUGUUAAUGAAUGGCAGGUCAUUCUUAUUAACAGUUUUAAUCAGGUAUUCACUGAAGACAUUUCCUCUUCACACUUUUAAGGGAGUGCCUCACUCUCUAACGUGUUUUAAUGCAAUUGAAUCUUUAUUCCUUUAUUUUCACUUGGUUUUCCAUAAUAAAAAAAGGUUUCAAAUAACCCAGUGUUUGUGUAACAGGA